ACGCGCCGUGACUUACGCCAGGGCUGUUGCUGUGGGAACGAUUCCCUGGACUCCCAUCCAGACCUAGACCCCCGCGCAGUCCUGCGAGCCGUAUCGGGGAGCUCCCUAUCUCCACCUCCACUUCCAGGUACUUGCGGAUACGGCCUUUCUGCGGGGAAAUUCACCCUACAGUCAAGUCUGCGGGUUUAUGGCUGUCUCCUCUUCCUACAGCAGCAGGCUCCGCCUGGCCUCAAAGUCGAAUUAAGUGCUCCGCUGUGCACUACAGUUGGGUGGAAACAAACCCCUCACGGCGGUUUUAAGACCAUCCCCUGCAGAAGAUGCACUUUCUGUAUUUCUUUAAGGCAGGAAGUUAUUAUGUGACUAACACAUUUUCAUCAGAUUUCCUCUGAUUUACCCUGAAGUGUAUGUGAGAAUGAUGUGCACUGCCAAGAAAUGUGGAAUUAGGUUCCAGCCUCCAGCUAUUAUCUUAAUCUAUGAGAAUGAAAUGAAGGGGAAAAGUCGCCAACGCAUCAUGCCAGUCCGAAACUUUUCGAAGUUUUCAGAUUGCAACAGAGCUGCUGAACAAUUAAAGAAUAAUCCGCGACACAAGAAUUACCUGGAACAAGUGUCCCUGAGGCAGCUAGAGAAGUUAUUCAGUUUUUUACGAGGUUACUUGUGGGGGCAGAGUUUGGCAGAAACAAUGGAACAAAUUCAACGGGAAACAACAAUUGAUCCUGAGGAAGACCUGAACAAACUAGAUGAUAAGGAACUUGCUAAGCGAAAGAGCAUCAUGGAUGAACUUUUUGAGAAAAAUCAAAAGAAGAAGGAUGAUCCAAAUUUCGUUUAUGACAUCGAAGUUGAGUUCCCACAGGAUGAACAACUGCAGUCUUGUGGCUGGGACACAGAGUCCGCUGACGAGUUCUGAUAUCAAAAACUCAAAGAAUUGAUUGGGCUAGCAGAAAAUCCAUGUCUAUACAAAGGAUGUAUGAACAUGGUUCUAGAAAAAUCUGUAAAGAACACUAAAUGUACAUGUUGGGUCAAGUUUGGAUUGACCAGGUUACUUUUCAAAACCAGGACAUGUACAGUAUCUACUAUGUAGAUGCAUGAGGAAGAUACGAAAACCAGAAUAUAGGAGUCUGCCUUUAAGGAGCUUACAAUCUAAUUGGAAGAUAACUCAAAAGCUUGUGAAAAGCUAAUUAACAGAAUUAGGCAGCAAAAAGAUUAGAGCCAGAUGCUUAAUAAAAGUUAAAGAGGGUCAGAGCCUAGAUGACCAUAGGGUUAGAAUAGUCAGGGAAGACUUUGUCCUUUAGUAGAGAGAUGGGACUUUGCCUGGCCCUCAAAAUGGUGGUGUUUGGGUAGAAGUUUAUAUAGAAUUCCAGAUGAGAGAAGCUGGGAGAAAAAAGGGGGGGGGAGGGAUGGGUAGUGGUAUAGAGAUAGGGAUUAGAACAUUUUAUUUGAGGGACAGUAAGCAUAUUAUAGUUUGGUAAAAUUGGAAGGCGUGUAUGGUUACCAGGGGAUUAUCCUGUGUGCAUUUGUCUUUAACUCCGGAGUAUAUGUAUAUAUAUGUAUUUUAACUCCAGAGUAGGAGAGUAGCCCUACAGAAUGCCCUGCAGCUGCAAGUGGAUGUCAUUUGAUGGACAGCAGGGGAAUUCUGCAGCUCCAGGAAUCAGGAAACCUGUACUAAAGAUAUUCUGAAACCCUGAAGCUCUUCCCAUAAAUAAGGAGGUUUGUUUGUAAAAUGGGAAAUCUAGUCAUAAUGAAUGAAUAAUAGGCAUCACCAGUUUAGGCCUAUUCAUGAGUUUGGAUCUACAAAGAGAAGAUCUUUGUUGAACCAGGUUAUAUGUGUACAGAUACAUCUUUCUUCUUGUUAGAAUAUUGUUUAAUUGGCAGAUAUUCUAUGUUUUCUGCAAGGAGAUUAAUACUCACUAAAUAAAGGUGUAAAAAUUA